AUGGCCCAAUUUGACGCUAGCAAUCACCUUGCUGACGCAGGGAACAUGGCUUCACAAAGCACGUCGUCAACACAAACAUCUCACAGCGGCGGGGCCUCGGCGGACACUGUUUCAACGACGACACAGACUACAAGCCAUGUCCAGCACUCUGUAGCAACGGGCACCGUUCACACGGACACGACUGAAAGUGGAACGGAUCCAUUCACUCGUGCAGUCAGAGAUGCGGGCGUCAUGGUGGGAGCUGUAGAGGGACUUGGUUUGGCAGUGUCUGGUGGGUCCCCCGAAGUUGCGUCUGUUGUGGAUUCAACAAGCAACAAGCCCACACACGGGAAGCAGCAAAGUUUAAGUCUCCCAGCGGUUCCACUUGCUCAGUACGAUGAAGAUAUCGAUUCCCCCAAUGCAUCGUCCAUAUUUCCCAACCCUCAUGCCGGCAAACCGGACAACACACCAACUGCUGCAGCAAACUUCCAACUCCCCGAUUAUGUCCGCUUAAUUCUGACCGCUCAAGUGUACGACGUCGCCAUGGAAUCCCCACUUCAAAAGGCACACAACCUAUCAACGCGCAUUGGAAAUACGGUGCUUCUUAAGCGAGAAGAUCUGCAACCUGUAUUUUCCUUCAAGUUGCGGGGGGCGUAUAAUCGCAUGCAUCAGCUCUCAGAGGAGGAAAAACAGAAGGGAGUCAUCGCAUGCUCAGCUGGCAACCAUGCACAAGGUGUUGCUCUAGCAGCUCAAAAGAUGGGUAUUCAGGCAACUAUCGUUAUGCCAACAGUAACUCCUCCGAUCAAGUGGAGAAAUGUCCAAAGACUUGGUGCGCAAGUGGUAUUGCACGGGAACGACUUUGAUGAAGCAAAAGCAGAAUGUGCGAGGCUUGCCAAGGAACGCGGAUAUAUCAAUAUACCCCCAUACGAUGAUCCAUACGUCAUUGCAGGGCAGGGAACGGUCGGUUUGGAAAUAAUGAGGCAAUCUGGACCAAAAAUUGACGCGAUAUUUAUUUGUAUCGGUGGUGGAGGACUGGCAGCCGGUGUUGCAUCUUACGUUAAAAGGAUCUUUCCCCAUGUGAAGAUCAUAGGGGUUGAGACGCAUGAUGCAGCGGCGAUGACACGUUCCUUGAAGGCUGGCGAACGUGUUAUGCUAUCGCAGGUCGGCUUAUUCGCGGAUGGUGCGGCCGUGAAAGUCGUUGGGGAAGAAACGUUCCGGGUCUGCAAGGAGUUGGUGGACGAAACUGUACUGGUCUCUACGGAUGAAAUCUGCGCAGGAAUCAAGGAUGUCUUUGAGGACACCAGGAGUGUUGUAGAACCGGCUGGAGCACUCGGUCUGGCGGGGGUGAAGAAAUAUGUCCAGGAGAAAGGAUGCAAGGGCAUGACAUUUGUUGCCGUGACCAGUGGGGCGAAUAUGAAUUUUGAUCGACUGAGAUUCGUCGCAGAACGAGCGGAGCUUGGUGAGAACAGGGAAGCUUUGAUUACGGUUAUUAUUCCAGAGCGACCUGGCAGCUUCAUGGAUCUGUACAAAGCAAUCUCACCACGAGCUGUAUCCGAGUUCUCCUACCGGUAUGGCGAUCCCUCGGAAGCACACAUUUUCAUGUCGUUUGUGGUAAACGACAGGGAAAAGGAAUUGGGAGAGAUUUUCAAAGAGCUGGAUAGCAAAGGGAUGCGUGCCAUGGAUGCUAGUCGGAAUGAGAUGGCCAAAGCCCACGCUCGAUACCUGGUUGGGGGAAGAAAAGAGGUCGCGAAUGAGAGACUUUUCCGAUUUUCCUUCCCCGAGCGACCGGGCGCUCUCAGCCAUUUCCUGUCUACGCUUCGCCAUCCUCUAUGGAACGUAUCCUUAUUCCAUUACCGCAAUUAUGGCGGCGACGUCUCGAGGGUAUUGGCAGGCGUCCAAGUGCCACCAGAGACAACACACGAGUUUGAAAAGUUUUUAAAGGACCUGAGAUAUCCAUAUGUAGAAGAGACAGACAAUUUGGUAUAUCAGCAAUUCUUGCGAUAG